AUGCAAAUACUUUAUCGUAUUAUAGUAUUAAUUCUUUUCUCUCUUGUCUAUGUUAUUGGUCUUGUUGGAAAUGGUCUUUUAAUAUUUAUUGUAUUUCGUCAAAAAAAUUUACGUACAGUACCAAAUCUACUUGUUGUUAGUUUAGCACUUGGUGAUUUUUUAUUCGUUCUUUUUUGUGUACCAUUUGGUGCCGUUGCAUAUUCUCUUGAGUAUUAUCCAUUUUCAACAUUUUAUUGUCGUUUUGAGAAUUUCAUAAUCAAUCUAUCACUCGGUGUAUCUGUGUUUUCAUUAUUAGCUCUUAGUGCUGAUCGUUAUAAAAUCAUAGCUAAACCAUUAUCAAGUCAUGCCAAUGAUCCAUCAAAUAAAUUAAAAAUUGUUGUCCUAUUUAUCUGGUUAUUCUCAGCUUGUCUUGCUAUACCUGAAACAAUCUAUAGUGGUAUUAUAACAGAAAUUUUAGCACAACCGGAUAAUUCAACAGUUACAUUGAUUUAUUGUUGGAGUCCAAAUGAACAUACAUUACUUGUUAAUCAUACAUUUAUGAUUAUUCGUCAAAUUUUACGUUUAAUUAUCUAUUAUUUAUUGCCAUUUAUAUUUAUUUCAAUAUUUUAUAGUAUUAUUGCUAAAACUUUAUUUCAAACAAGAAAUCUUAUUUAUUUACCAAAGUCUUCUUCACGUUCAGUUAAAAAUGAUUUCAAUAAUAAUAAUAAUAAUCGUUCAAUAGGUAUUGAAUUAAAUACAAUGAAUCGAAAAAUGAAUUCAAAUAAUCAUACAGCAUUAAAACAAGAUUUACGAACAAAAAAACAAUUACAAGCAAGACAAAAAGUUGCUAAAACUGUUCUUUUUUUAUGUCUUGUAUUUUUUAUAUGUUGGUUACCAAAACAGUUACAUGAUUUAUAUUGGUUUAUUGGUGUACUUGUUUAUUCAUCUGAUUGGAAUCUUUUUUGGCAAAUUAAUAAAACUAUUGGUUUAAUAUUAACUUAUAUUUAUUCAUGUAUUAAUCCAUUUGCACUUUAUUUUCUUUCGUCAACAUUCCGUCAUUUUUAUAAACGUCAUUUAUGUUUUUGGUCAAAUACGACAUGUCAUUCAAGUCGAAAAUUAAUUAAAUUUAAAAACCGACAUCCAUCUCGACAAAUAUCAAUAACAACAAAUUAUCAACGUCGUUCAUCUUUAAAUAAUUCAAGUACAUUUUAUGAUGAUUUAAAUCGAAUAAAAACUUCGAAAUAUUAUCAACAACAAAGUCCUUGA